AUGUUAGAAGCUGAUGAAGUUGAUAUUGACUUCUUUACACCUGUGGCAAGCACGUCGUUAGCAAAAAUAUUCGGCAGUGACAGUAAAAUUGAGGAAAAUGAAAAUGCCACAUUAAAGUAUAUUCCAACACCACCACAAAGUCUAACACAUAAAGAGGAGACAAAAGCAACGAAAAUUAUUUAUGCUUGUGCCGUCUUUGGAUACGAAUGGUUAAACAAUGAAUAUGUUUCUAGAGGAAAAUUAGAUGCCCAAGGA